CCUAUAGCCAUCUUUAUACUGCGCAUGUUACGCGGCGCAGAUAACUACAAACUCCACUUUCUCCAAGAUUCAAAAUUCAACCAAUCUUCAUACAUCAGUUCCUAUUAGAGUCGAUGUUCCUAAAUACUGUCUAAGGGAAUCAUAGAAAUAGACACAUAUGAAGGUUCUACUUCAGUUUCACUACAUCAGCAUCGACAGAUACACAGUCCCUCGCAAUUUUUAACAAGCGCCAACAAUACAACAGCUCUCUACCAUUUGCGGAACAUAUCUUCAUCCACUUACAUAAAUCAAAAUUCCCCAACAACAAUCCUGGCUACAAUUAUCACAGUGUUUAAAUCUCACGAUGGAGGAGAACGGAGAGCAACCCCCGUUUGUGCCCUUUACUAAGUCUGAGCGCAUCCAACAGCUAGGCGAAAUCGAUCGAAAUAUUGUCAGCCUCUUGCAUUCAACGGCACAGGCUAUCCAGACUCUCGGCAAGCAAGGUGGACAAGGAGAAGACGUGAGUAUGGUUGACGACAAGGAACAGCAGUUGAAGGUCUUUCAAGACUCGAUGAACGAUUUCCUUCGAACUUUACGUACUGUCAACGUUGGCAUGAAACGACAGAUAUGGGGACUCGAGGAGGAGGGCAUCAUCACGUUAGAUAAGGAGUCCCAGAGCGUCGGCAGUGAAGGCGGUGAAGUCCAAGCAGCCGGCUAUCGCAAUGCUCCUCUCAAGCCUGAUGGUGAUGGGAAGAUCGGUGGGCUCGACGUUGGCUGGCUCAAUAGCCGAAGCGACAAGGUUGAGAGAGAUAUGGAAGCCGACCUCUGGAAGGAGGCUGAUGAAUUCCUGCGACGCGUCCUUCAGAAAGGUGGUGUUAACCCGGCCACAAAUGGAGAAGAAAGUCAGAAGUAGUUUAUUAAGGUUAAUUGUCCAGGUAAGGCGUUAUGUGUGAGAUUCGGGGUCAGCAUCAGACGGUGUUUGAGGAGUUAAAUACCAUACUACGCUUUCUCCCAGCCUGGCUCGGGAAACUUGUAGAGCUCACUUUCAUACCUACAUUGGUAUAAUACGAAUUCAAGUUUAUUCGGAUUAUUAAACUAUUAGGUACUCAUCUUUUGGCAUCUAGGAUAAAUUGGGUAGCAUAACAUGGUAAGGAAUAUUCCACCUUCGUGGCCUUUUACCCUACGUAUAUGUACAUAAUACAGAUGAAGCUUUC